AUGGUCGACCUGCAGGUCAGCUCCGAAGACGUCGAGCGGCUGCAACUAGACCAAAUGGCUGCCUGUUAUCGGUGGCUUCCGACUGUUCGGUACACUUAUUAUGAUCCCGAUAUAAUAGCCAAUACCGCCGAGAAGGUUCUGUACCGACAAAAAGUUUCUACUAUUGCUCGACAGCUUCAAAUUACCCUAGCUUUUGCCUUCUUCAAAGUUCAGCAAGGCUGCGAGGACCGCAACUUCUCCUCCAUCGAGCCCGAAUUUAUCGAGAAGAUAUGGCAACAGACCACUGCGGAGUGCGCCUUAACUGAUGAUGAGGACGAUUAUCGUUAUUCUCCGCAAAAAUUGGCAAAUCCGACAUUCAAGGUUCCUCCACUGCCAGCGCGAGACGCCCCAAACCGUUGA